AUGCAGGUCGCCAAUAUUGUGGCGCCGCUGUUGUUUGUGUUGUACCUUCUGCCAUCGGGGGGUGUGUUAAUGAGUUCCUCCAGCAUGCCAAUCAUUUGGCGCUGGAUCGAGUACAUUUCGUUUGUACGCUACGGCUUUGCGGCACUUGUGAUCAAUGAGUUCCACGGGUUGCGAUUCGACUGCCCCCCGGAUGCGCCGAUGUGUGUGGAGGAUGGGCUGAGGUACGCAGAGUCGCAGGGUUUUUUCGCAGAUGACUUGUGGAAGUACAUCGGGGCCAGUGCUGGGAGUAUGGGCAUCUAUCUGCUGGCGGGCUACGUUGCCCUCGUUGCGUUGCGAACGCGAGAGACGAAGUAA